AUGGCAGCACAACAGAUCAAGUCAGAGGUCACCCCAUCGGUGGAAGAGCUCAUGUACAUGUACGAGUCGGACGUCGAUACGUGGCAACCAGCAUCAGAUCCCAGCGACCUUGCCUUCCAAAUGCAGUACACCAACAUCACAAAUGAAUUCAACUCGUCAUCAUGUCCACAGCUUUCGUUCUCAACAGUCGCCAGUUCUUCCGCAAGCUUGAGCUCCAGUCCCGACCCAUCAACACCCGGCGUUGAGGAGGACGAAUCAUCCACCUUCGAACUCAACUGCAAAGGCUUCGUCAACUACAAUCCCAAUCCCACAUCAUCAGACCUGAUCCAGCGCGCCGGCACACGGAAAGACCGUCGGCGCCAACAGAAUCGACUUGCGCAGAAGAAGUACCGCGCCCGGAAAGAGCGUCUGAUCACCGAUCUGCAAGGCGAGCUGGACGGUCUCCGCCGAGAACGGGACGCUGCUAUGCAACUGAAUGCCCGACUCAUGAUGGAGAUCCGCACUUUGCGGUAUACUUUCAUGCCUGGUGCGGCCGAUCUGAGCAGGGUGACGACGCCGCAGCCGCAGAUGGGCAUGAUGAUGUACGCAGAAGGUCCUUGA